AUGCCAUUAGUGGAGGAAAUUAGGGAAGCAGUUUUGGACUGUGAAUCUUCUAAAACCCCAGGUAGUGAUGGAUACAAUAUGAACUUCAUUAAACAAUGUUGGGAAGAGAUUAGUCAGAAGUUCACUACAGCGGUGAUGGGAUUUUUCCAAAGUGCGAAGAUACCAACUAAUGCAAAUGUCACGUGGGUGACACUAGCUCCAAAAUUUGUGGGUGACAAUGAGAUCAAGGACUUUCGACCGAUUAGUAGAAAGAUUCAUGAUGGCACCUUGAUUGCCUGUGAGACGGUGCAAUGGCUUAAGGCACAUAGGAAGAAGGCGGCAAUUAUAAAAAUAGAUGUUCAGAAAGCAUAUGAUAGAGUCAGGUGGAGCUUUGUGGAUAUUCUGUUACAUAAGAUGGGAUUCGGGCAAAGAUUGAGGGGUUGGGUGAAGGAGUGUGUUAGUACGGCCACUAUGAUGCUAGGGGAAGCUAUAAGGAAUGGGCGUAUUAAUCCGUUACUGAUUGGGAGAGAUCACAUUGAACUGUCACAUCUCCAAUUCGCGGAUGACACUAUCUUAUUUUGUCCUCCGGAGACAGAGACAAUUGAGUGGGUGGAGCAUGUGUGUGGCCUCCUAGAGUGCAAGCAAGCUGUUUUACCUGUCAAGUAUUUCGGGAUUUCUCUAGGAGCAAACCCGCGUUUGGUGAAGACUUGGAAACCGGUCAUAGAUAAGGUGGAAGAGAAGCUCAAUUUAUGGAAAGUGAAGGUUCUAAACAAAGCAGGCAAGCUAGUUCUUAUUAAAUCGGUAUUGAAUAGCAUGCCGGUAUACUACCUUAGCCUAUACAAGAUGCCGAAGGCGGUGGCUGACAAGUUGAUUGCCUUACAGAGGAGGUUCCUGUGGUGUAAGGAGGAUGGUAACAAUGGUAUACCUCUAAUGAAGUGGGAAAUGGUUCAGGCACCUAAAAGGGCUGGGGGGUUGGGGGUUGGGGAUGCAGUGCUCAGGAACACAGCACUACUGUUAAGUGGUGGUGGCGGUUUUUCAAGGAAGAUUGUCCGUUAUGGAAGAAGAUUGUUUGUUCGUGUGUUGCAAUCGGAGACUCUUUCGGAGGAGAUUACGAGUUAUAGCUUCACAAGUUCGAUAUGGAAAGGGUUGGUUCCACCUAGAAUUGAACUGUUUGGUGUGGUAACUGUUGAUGUCAUACAGAACAAGACGUUUUUGAACUACAAGGAGUGGACUGGUAUUGAUCCUACUGGUUGUUGA